CCGGUUUGGUGCGCGCCAGUUCGUAUGGCGAAAAUUGACAGAAAAUGGCCUGUUCUGUGGAAACAUCGCGAGUUUCCUUGGAAGAUUGUACCUGUCCAGUAUGUAUGUGUAUUCUUAUCGAGCCGGUCACGAUGCCCUGCCAUCAUGAACUGUGUAGACCGUGUUUCAAACAAAAUGUCGAGGAGGCCAGUCUGUUAUGUCCGAUGUGUAGGACAAGAAUCGGAACUUGGGCUCGUCAUGCAUCCAAAACAAAAACAUUGGUCAAUCAGCAACGGUGGGGACAAAUCCAGGAACUGUUCCCCAAAAGAGUUCGGUUGAGACUUGAGGGUAAAGAUGAAGAAGAUGACAGUGCCGAUGUGACGUUUCAUCGGCCAGUCCAUCUGGCAGCCCCGGGGGAGAUCAGGAAGGAGUACGAGGAGGAGCUGAACAAGCUUCGGCAACAGCUGAACCAGGAGCGGCGCCGCGAGGAGCUGGAGAGUGAGGCGCUGAUCCGGCGUCUCCAGGAAGAGGAAGAUCAAGACCGUCACCACCGCCAACUGCAGGCCUUGCAGGCCAACGAGACGGACGAGGCACUCGCCCGCGAACUGGACAAGGUCAUUAAUGAGGCUGGCACAGAUGAUCCGAUUGACCUCCUGCUGGAAGAGUCAAGGUCACGCAUGACGCGGAGCAACUCUGCCACGAGUACUAAGUCUGGACAAAGCAACAGCGGAACACUGGAAACAUUCUUCAACAAAUACAAGGCAGAGACUGACACUCGCUGUCCGUCUAACGACCCCUACCCAUACCCCUGCAUCAGUCCUUCCGACAAGGACAAAGGGGAAGACAACUCACGGUCCAACUCCUCCAUUGGGAAACUGAGCAGUAGUAGUGUUAAAACGGAGUUGUAUCCCUUUAAUCUGGUAGAUCAUUCUUACUGUCCUCAGCCAAAUGCUCCGAAGUCGAGUACCGUGGUUCGACCUCCGAGUGAUGAAGUGAUGACCAUAUCCGACUCUUCAUCGGAUGUUGGUAGAGAGAGAAGUGACAGUGCUAAGGAACGAAGUGAAAGUGUUGCCAGUAACGAUAGCAUCAGCAACGAGUUGUGCCACUUCAAGCCCAUCCUGUCCUGCCCUCGAACUCCUCCCAGGAAGCUGGCGGACGGAAAGGUGCUGGAUCCACCCUUUGUGCGAACCACUCCGCGGAAUCUCUCCCGGAACGGGUUCGGAUCGCCGGUCGAUGCUGUGACGAGUCCGGGCCUGGAACCCGGGAGUCCGAUCAUGCAGAAACGGUUGAAUGAACUGGCUCUUGAGAGACAGCAGCUGGUUCGGGAAAGAUCCAAAUCCACUUCUACUGGACCAGAUGAUGAACUUCAUAGGGAUGAUAAGAAGUCCCACCCUCUAGGUAGAGAGAGAACACUUUCAAGUGACUUGUCCCGUCCACCUCUGCACAAGUCUGAUCCUAUUCCUCCUCUUGUUCAGACUGACCUGCCAGACAGCCUCGGUUCCCGGUCCGGGCUGUUGAUUCCUUUAGAACCAAUCCUUGAAGAUCACGACUACGAAGACAUUACUCCUGUGCUACUUAAUAUUAGAAAUCCAGGUACAUCACCAACUGCGUCACCCCCAAAAGAGAAAGAGGAACCUUCAGUUAGUACUUUAGACGUUCGAUCCAAGACACCAACACACAAUAGGCUCCAGAGAUCGAGACACGUGUCCAAUGAUCUCAAAGGGCAGAGGGAUCUGAAGGCUCAGGUUAUCAGCCCUCAGCGGUCGAUAAAAGAUUGGUUCAAGACAGCAGACAGGAAAAGCAAAACUGAGUCUCCAGAUUUGUUCGAGGAGAAUUCGGAUGUGAUCGGUGAGAAUCAGCAAGUGGACAAAAAUGCUAACGUGAAGCAGGUGCCUGGGAAAAGCGAGUGCAAUUCUAGUGGGCGAGGGGGAGGUGAUGGGGAUGCUGGUGGAGUGAUGCUGCCUUCGAAGAGCAUCCUUGAAACAAACGGUGCAAUCACGGGAGUGAAUCAGGUGUUGACUAUAGGGGAUGGGGAGACUGGGAAUUGGAAGACUCGAAUGAAGGGCGGACCUAAACGAACCAAGAGAAAUAAGACUGUGGCCCACCUUAGUGAGGUUGAUGUGAGUCCCCUGAAGAGUGACUCCAGUUUUGUUAGUGAUCCUGGGGCCUCGGAGCCUGGCAGGCGGAAGGGUAGGGGACUGCAGAAGGGGGAGGCUAUCAGUGAAUCCAUCAGUGAUGACGACUUCGAACAAGGUUCAGAAAAAUUGGGGAGGAGGAGGAGGAGGAAAGUUUCAGGGAACAGAACGAUUAAAACCCCUGAAAAACUAUUGGUGUUGCAGUCCAGUGUUCGAAAAGUGAGAAAUCGUAAACGGCGGCAUCAUUCACGUAGAAAUGUCAGCGAAUUGGAUUGUUCCGAAAGUGAACAGGAGGUUUCGGUUGAUGACACAGUGAAACAGUGUCAGGGAACAGAUAGUGCUAAAGUGUCAAAGUCUAGUUUGAGUGAAAGUGAAUCCGAAAGUGAAAUUACAAUCGGAAGAAAGCAUCGUAUGAAUGUUGCCCAAAAAGUUUGUGAUGCUGAACCUUUAGGAGCUGAAACAAAAGCAUGUGUUCCUCCUCAUAGAUCGAGGAGGAGAAAAGCUAAGGAAGAUCCUAACUUUGAUCCCGAGAGUCAGAACUGGAUCAGUGAAUCUGAUGCUGAACCCAUGUCUCCUGCUAAGAAGAACCUGGGGAAAGUGAGGAAAGGGAUGGGAACGGACACAAACAGUCUUGACCUUUCUGACCGGGAAACAAAGUCGCAAUUUCUUGGUAGAAAAAGAAAAGGUCGAAAAGUGGGUGAGGAUGUUGGCAAUGAUUCUAAAUGUGACCCGGAAGGUGAAGCUUCAGGUGCUUGUAAACCUGAAAGGAGAGGGAGGUCAAGGGGGUUGAAAAAAACAGAUGAGGAGUGGAGGAUGAGUGACAAUGGGAUGUCUUCUGAUGAAAAUACAUGUGAUAUGGUUUCUAUGCCCAAACCAACGAAGACGGUUCCUAAGAAGUCAUCGGCAAAAACACCACCGAAAAGAUCCCCAAAGAAGGCUGACUUGACUGACUUAGAACGUCCAUCUGAAACCAAAACGAAGAAUUUGUCGGAAGAAAUGGAGCUACCUCUACCAAGCAAGAGGUCAAAACUGAAAAAAUGUGCAACUGAGGAACUUCUGGAAGAGAAUGUGGACCCGAAUACGCACAGGAACAACAGCAGUGGGGGGGCGUCACCGCCGAAGGGACGACAGAGUCGGAAGCGGGGUGGUUCCGACACACUGUCUAGUGCUGACAGUUCCGGACCCUCUCCACGGAAAAGAGUUCGAGCAAAAUCCAGUAUCGUGUCUGACCUAGACAACGCUUUUGAAAGUUCCCCCAGUCCAAGAAAAGGGAAAACCCAGCUGGAAAAGAAACGGACUAAGUCUGUAAGCUCAAGGGCGUGGAAGUCGCAGCAAGGUUUGGAGGGGAGGGGUCGCCGUCGUCACACGACCAGUGACCAGCAGUCUAUUGUCAGGUACUUGAGUGGACCUAGUGACGUUGACAUGCGGGAAGAUCGAGAUGAAGAUGCUUCAAGUGACACGACGGAGGUGUUCAGCCAGGAAGAGGAGGAUAGGAAGAUGGCGCAGAGGCUGCAGAAGCAGUUUAACUUGGAGCAGAAGUUUCGCAUAGCGGCCGAACGCUUCAAGGGAGGGGCGGAGCAGUACCAGUUUCGAAGAAAACCAAGAUAUUACGAGUGAUUUCGCUGUUAUUUCUAGUCCCAUUGUGAGUCUGGUAAUGUGCCUCUCGCUGUGCUUUGAAUGGAAUUAGCUGUUUGAUGGACAAAUAGGAUGGGCAAGAUUAAUCAUGGGAGAGAUAUUUUUUUGAUUUGGGAUAAAUAUGAUGAAGUCACAACACAGUUGCCAUGGUUACCUGUUAUGAUCUGUACUUGUUAUUAAUACCAUGAGUGGAAAAACAAAAUGGAAAUGUGGUUCUCAGGCUAUGCAUUUUGAAAUAUUUGUUACCCUAUAUUGUUACUGUGAAAUACUGUGCUACCUGGAGUCAGAAAGUGGAAAUGUGAUGCUGUCAUACAGUGGUGUUAACUGGUGAUGUCAUGCAGUGAUGUUAACUGAUGUUUCACUGGGAUGUUAACUGAUGAUGCCGUGUAAUUGUGUUAAACUGGUGAUGUUAUGUACAUGUGCAGAGAUGUUCAAUUGAUGCAGGCAUGUUCAACUGGUGAUGUCAUGCAGUGAUGUUAAACAGACGUUAAACAGGGAUGCCAUGCAGUGAUGUUAAACUGAUGUUACACAGGUUCAUUCAACUAGUGAUGUUAAACAGGGAUGUCAGGCAGUGAUGUUAAACAGAUGUUACACAGGGAUGCCAGGCAGUGAUGUUAAACAUGUUACACAAGGAUGUCAGGCAGUGAUGUUAAACUGAUGUUACACAGGUUCAUUCAACUGGUGAUGUCAUGCAGUGAUGUUAAACUGAUGUUACACAGGGAUGCCAGGCAGUGAUGUUGAAUAGAUGUUACACAGGGCUGUCAGACAGUGAUGUUAAACUGAUGUUACACAGGGAUGUCAGGCAGUGAUGUUGAAUAGAUGUUACACAGGGCUGUCAGGCAGUGAUGUUAAACUGAUGUUACACAGGGCUGUCAGGCAGUAAUGUUAAACUGAUGCUACACAGGGCUGUCAGGCAGUGAUGUUAAACUGAUGCUACACAGGGCUGUCAGGCAGUGAUGUUAAACUGAUGUUACACAGGGCUGUCAUGCAGUGAUGUUAAACUGAUGCUACACAGGGCUGUCAGACAGUGAUGUUAAACAGAUGUUACACAGGGCUGUCAUGCAGUGAUGUUAAACAGAUGUUACACAGGGACGUUCAACUGCUGAUGCCAUGCAGUGAUGUUAAACAGAUGUUACACAGGGCUGUCAGGCAGUGAUGUUAAUCUGACUUACACAGGGCUGUCAGGCAGUGAUGUUAAUCUGAUGUUACACAGGGCUGUCAGGCAGUGAUGUUAAACUGAUGCUACACAGGGCUGUCAGGCAGUGAUGUUAAUCUGAUGUUACACAGGGAUGUCAGGCAGUGAUGUUAAACUGAUGUUACACAGGGCUGUCAUGCAGUGAUGUUAAACAGAUGUUACACAGGGACGUACAACUGCUGAUGCCAUGCAGUGAUGUUAAACAGAUGUUACACAGGGCUGUCAGGCAGUGAUGUUAAUCUGAUGUUACACAGGGCUGUCAGGCAAUGAUGUUAAUCUGAUGUUACACAGGGAUGCCAGGCAGUGAUGUUAAACAGAUGUUACACAGGGAUGUUCAACUGGGGAUGUCUGGCAGGAUGUUAAACUGGUGAUGUUAAACAAAUGCUUUUAGAUCCUGAGAACCAGACAUUUUCACAUAUAUUUUCAACAUAUUUGUUCGUUUUCCUGGGUGCAGGUGAAGUAAUGGGUUGA